CUUACCAAUUUCUUAUUAUCCACUUUGACCAUCACCAUCCUCGUCGACCUCGUUAUUUACCGGUUACACCUAACCACACGCAUGCCAUCAUCCCAUACACAAUCACCAUGUACAGAACCAAUCACCCAAAGUGGAAGCUCACCCACAUUCUCUGUAUCCUUGGCCACCUCGGACUGAUAAUAGCCGGCGUCGUGGCCUUCAUCCACAACCUGGAGAGCGAGGCCGACAAUUUCGAUUCCGUAUCACCGCAACCAACGUCAAUAGUUAUGAACAUGUCGGAUGACCAGACGGUCAUUAAUGCUGAUACCAAGUCAUGUACCAUUGUACUGGUACAGGGCUUGGGCAAUGGUGUUGAUGGAAAGAGUGGAAGUGGGCAUAGCAAUUUUGGGAUUAUUGUCAAUGAGCUGUUACCGGUCGCUUCGGUCAUUGUGGGAACAAUAGGUCUGCUUCUCAACAUUGGAAUUUUUGCCGCUCUGCUCGCCGUCGAGAGCACCUCUGCCAAGGUCAAUCUCACAGAAGGCGAGCAGCACUGGCGUAAGAAGAUCGUAACAGUCUCCUGUUGCGUGUUUAAUUUGCUCCUUGCUGGUGCAGGGAUAGGGUUAGCGGGAGCCAUGGGAAUCAGGUUAUCUGGUGUUGGCGGUAGGCACUCGGGCAUGAGUGAAAGUGAAAGGAGUCUGAUUGCUCCUUUGGUCUUGGGUGCCGUGCAAGCGCCACUCUGCGUAAUAACGGCACUGUUUGACUUUAUCAAAAAUCAUCGAGAAGGACAAGAUCUCAUCGACUAGGUAGUUGGGUUACCUGUGAGCAAAAGGAGUCCAUGGUGUGGGGUGCAGACUGGAUGUAAAAGGGCGCUGUCUAUGGUUGCAUAUGGGUUCAAUUUGUUAUGAUGAUUUCACGGAGUUGGGCGGCAUACCUCUACUUAUUGAUUUGGUUCUUGGGAGGCCUCACUUGAAGAUUUGGAGCUGGCGGUAUCGGCGCUUUGAAGACAUGGAGUAAAGGGUUAAUGUGGAGGUCAUCACAAAA